AUGAUACAGCAGACUGUCCAGUUUGAAGGGCUGUCACAAGAGGAUCCUAAUGUCCAUAUUGCAAAUUUCUUGGAAAUUUGUGAUACUUUUAAACAUAACGGAGUGAUAGAUGAUGCGAUUCGACUAAGGCUUUUUCCCUUCUCACUUAGGGAUAAAGCAAAAGUUUGGUUGAAUUCUUUGCCACCUGGCCUCAUUACUACAUGGGAGGAGUUGGCACAAAAAUUCUUAGCAAAAUAUUUCCCUCCCGCAAAGACAGCAAAGUUAAGGAAUGAUAUCACCACCUUCAUCCAAUUUGAGGGUGAAUCAUUAUAUGAAGCAUGGGAGAGGUACAAAGAAUUAUUGCGAAGGUGUCCUCAUCAUGACCUUCCAGCAUGGCUUCAAGUGCAAACAUUCUACAAUGGUCUAGGAGCUACAAACAGGUCUAUGGUUGAUGCAGCAGCUGGUGGAGCUUUAAUGAGUAAAACUCAUGAGGCAGCCUAUGAACUUCUGGAAGAAUUGGUAUCCAACAACUAUCAAUGGCCUACAGAAAGAGCAAUGUCAAGAAAGACAGCUGGAGUUUUAGAACUUGAUUCUAUUACCUCAUUGGCGGCACAAAUGGCAACUUUGUCUCAACAACUAGGUAAAAUGAAUGUUAAUGUUAUUCAAACUAAUGUUUUUUGUGAUCAUUGUGCAGGAAAUCAUUCAAGUGUCGACUGCCAAGUGGGAAAUCCUUUUGCCCAAUUGAGUUAUGGACAAGCAAAUUACGUGUCAAAUUUUCAACGUCAAAAUAAUCCAUACUCAAACACGUACAAUCCUGGAUGGAGGAAUCACCCCAACUUCUCAUGGAGCAAUAACCAAGGGUUGGCUAAACCACCUCAGCAAUUUCCACAGCAAGAGAAGAAGCCAACACUUAAGGAAAUGUUCAUGCAAUACAUACAGAAGACAGACGUGGCGAUCCAAAACAACUCAGCUUCAAUCCGUAAUCUUGAGGUGCAGAUCGGUCAGCUCUCAAGCAUGCUCACAAAAAGGACUGCAGGAACUUUGCCGAGCAAUACUAUCACCAAUCUGAAAGAACAUGCAAAGGCAAUAUCAUCGAGAAGUGGGCGAACAUAUGAGGAGCCAAAAGUAACAAAUGCCAAACAAGAUGAAGUUGUGGAUAAUGAGGAGUCAAAGAUGAAGGAAACCGAGUUAGAGAUGAAAGGAGUGGAGCAAGUUGAGAAGACUAGGGAGAAUGAAAGAGCUUCAAAAUCCAAAAAAUCCAGGGAAGAUACUUUUGAGACUUAUUCUCCUUCAAUUUAUGAUCCACCAAUUCCUUUUCCGCAAAGAUUAAAAAAAAAUAAUGCGGAUGAUUAG